AUUUAUUUGUCCACUUCAACGCUAGCAACGCUACACUGAUAGAAGCAGAGAAGAGCAGGUAGCAUCAAGCGUAAAAUGAAGACUUUAACUAUUUUUCUGCUAUUUUUAUGGUCCUGCACGGCUGAACCCACCACAACCGAUGUACAAGUAUCUCUUUUGGAGAUGAAAUUAGCGCUUUUGACACAAAAAACUGAAACUGAGGCUAUGAUGGCUAAAAUGCUGACCAGAUUAAACGACGCUGAGAUGAAAAUAAAGGAGCUGUCGAAUGCCAAGCUGGAUCAGGAAAAUAAGAUGAAGGCCCUAUCCAGUGAAAAGACGCAAAAAGAGGUGGCCUUCACGGCAGCUCUCCAGCCCUCCUCUCCUGCACACAGUAGUGGCUUUGGGAGAAUCGGACCUUAUUCUGAAGAGAUCACCUUAGUCCACCAGAAGGUUCUGACCAACGUUGGCGGGGCCUAUGAUUCUCUGUCAGGUGUGUUCACUGCCCCAGUUGCGGGUGUCUACUUCUUUACCUUCACGACCUACAGCUGGGUGUCAGAGAAGGACAUUGGCGUCAGGCUGAUGAAGAACGACGAGGAGGUGCUGCUGGUUUGGGAGACGCAGGAUAAGGGCGAUAAUGAAGACUACGCCUCCAAUUCAGUGCUGCUGGAGCUGGUGGCUGGGGACAGGGUCUUCAUGCGCCUCAAGAAUGGCUAUCAGGUCGCAGGCUCCAUAUACUCCAACAUCCAUACCUUCAGUGGGUUUUUGCUGUACCCCAAGGCCAAGUAGUCAACUUACCCAACCAUUUGAUGAAUGCAAGCAAGAUUAUUGUCUGCAUUUGAUGCCAGAUGACAACCAAUAAAAUGUGUCAGCUUGGAA